CUGCUAAUUGAAUUCCAGUCUUGGUGAGAAAAUAAAAUAAAUGAAAGAUUGGAGAAUUAAAGGCAAACAUUUAACCACAGAAUGGGAAAACCUUCAAGAAACAGCUUGGUUGCUGUGUGCGCAGUCACUCUCAUUUAUUUGAUGUGUGGGAGCCAGGCAGCUCCUCCAGUCUGUGAAAGAUUGGUUCACCCUCUGGAUCAGCUGGUUCCUCAUCAUUUUGAGGGCAGCUGGGCUCUAGUCGCAGGCAGUCUCAAUCACUCACCAUCUAUGGAGGCUCUGAGACGUCGAGACAGCAUCACGAUGUACUUCUCCAACUCCAGCGAAGCUUCAACAUUGUCUUAUACCCAGAUCAACCGCUUUGGUCAUCAAUGCCAAUACCUGCAGUACAACAUCUCAGCUGAAGGCAGCAGUUUUACCUUUGAUGUGCAGAGUCGUUUCAGCCUCAGCAUGUAUUUCCUCCACACGUCCUGCCCAGACUGUGUGGUAAUGAGGUGGCUUGUGAAGUCAAGCAGGAGGAUUUCUGUGGACUUGUACCUGCUGAGCAGAAGGAGAGAGGUGGAGCAGAAAGAGCUGGAAGAGUUCAGAGCUCAGCUGAAGUGUUAUCAAUUGCCUGAGCCUGUUGUGAUGGAUCCUACCAAGGAGCUUUGUCCAGAGCAGCCUGAGAACCAACCAACAGCAGCAGCAGCUCCUCAGGCUGAGGAGACAGUGGCUCAAAAGGCAUAAAGGACACUGGCACAUUAUACUCAUUUACUCAGGGAAUUACUCUUACAGUGUUAGUAAGUGCUUCUUACAGACUGGAUGUUUUUAACUUAAUCAAAAGUUAUACUUUAAACAACAGUUAUAUUUUUCAUUGGAGGGAGAUGUUGCGAGUAGAUUAAAUAUUUGUUUUAUUAUGGACACCUUGGUAUUUGCAUUUAUUGCCUAUUAACUCUCAAUUAAAGCUUUUGUAAGAAUAUAUCUUGCUCCUUUUAGAUUUCUAAAGGUAAAGUGAUUUAGAGCAUCUAGAGGGUAUACUAGUGUGUUGUCAAGAUUGCAAAGUGCUAAAACAAGCUUGUCACUUCAUGUUCUUUCAUGAAAGGUUAAACUGAUGCACAAUUAAAUUCCCUAUUGCUGAAUCCAAUAACCUCAGAGUUUUUGUACGUACAGUACAAUAUGACCUUAUUUGGUCUGGAAAAAAAUCUUUUAAAACAUCACCACCUAGUGUGGAAACCUGUGCUAAACUGACCUAUGACUAGGGACAGGAAUUGAUGCACUUUUACUGAUACAGUACCAAUGUUAUUGUUUCUGCCACUGAUUAGAAUCAAUACUGCAUAUUGAUCUGGUUCUUUAUUGAUUGCCUUACCAAUUCUGACCCCGUUUUGUUUCAGGAGAGAAGUACACCUACAUAGGUUUUUAGCAUCUAUAGCAUUGCUUUAUCACCUAAAAUUCCCAAUCAGAAUAAUGGGCAGUGCUAACUGUAGCAUUAAUUUCUCCAUCAGCAUCUAAAAUAGGGAAACUGAGAGAAUGAUUGCAUGACAUUUGUUUGCAUUUUAGCAAACCGAUAAAGAAACGGUUCCCAGUGUUAGUCUGCUUGCCUAUCGGUCCUGCUUAUCGGUGCACUUGUGCUACAAUUAGCUGAUUUCAGUUCAUGUCCCAGAGCAGUCCAUUAUGGAGGACCACAAGAGCCACGCGCAUCGAAAUAAAAAAUC